CAUUCCACACCUCCAUCUGCCUGCUCUUUGCGAAAUACAGCAACUCAUCUCACUUCGCAACACAAGAAUGAAGAGCAGGAGGCAGGCCAUGGUGGUGGUGCCGGACGGGGCCAAGAUGGAGCGCAAGGACGUGGAGAAGAACCGGCGGCUGCACAUGAAGGGCCUCUGCCUCAAGCUCUCAUCCCUCAUCCCCGCCGCAUCCCCCCACCACCACCUCCGCCAUUAUUCUCCUUCCUCUUCCUCUUCCUCGCCGCCCUCCACCAACAAGGACGCGGCGACGCAGCUGGACCAGCUGGACGGCGCGGCGGCCUACAUCAACCAGCUCAGGGCCCGGAUCGACGACCUCAAACGCCGCAAGCAGGCCGCCCUCUCCGGUGGCAACGCCGGUGCCUGCUCGUCCUCGGUCUCCGCCGGCGACUACAAGGGAGCUACUUCAACCUCUACAACGGCGCUGCCGGUGGUCGAGGUCCGGCACCGGGACGGAACCUUGGACGUGGCGCUGGCGAGCGAGGCCGGGCGUCCCUUCCGGCUGCACGAGGUGAUCGCGGUGCUGGAGCAGGAGGGCGCCGAGGUGGUCAGCGCCAGCUUCUCCGUCGUCGGCGACAAGAUCUUCUACACCGUCCAUUCCCAGGCGCUCUGCCCCCGCAUCGGCCUCGAUGCCGCCCGCGUCGCCCACCGGCUCCGCCGCCUCGCCGCCGUCUCGGCGUACGUCGGUCCUCCUGCGGACAGGACAUGAUCUCUUUCUCGCUACCAUGAGGCUUAGCUUAAU